AUGCUUGCUCCGUCUGCCAUCCUCUUAGCGGUUGCCAUGCUUUCCGCUGCCACCGACGCAUCCUCGCUCCGUGCUGCUGCGAACGGUACCAACGACCACCCCGAGAUCGUCGGUGGUGUUGAAGCGGCCGUCGGUCAGCAUCUGUACCUCGCUGGCUUGCGUCGUACCGAGACUGGCGGCUCUUUCUGCGGCGGUGCCCUCAUCGCGCCCAAGUACGUUCUCACGGCUGCCCACUGCAUCAGUGACAGCGUCCAGUACGUCGCCCUCGGGACGCACUAUGCCAGCGGCAGCGCGGAUGGUGAACGCAUCCGCGUUGCACGCCGCGUCGUGCACCCCGACUACUAUUCGUACGAGAAUACGCCGUUCAACGACUGGGCUAUCCUCGAGCUUGAGACGCCGUCGACGGUCGACCCGAUCCGUGUCUCGUUUGACGACAGCGCCGUCGGCACCGUCGCGACGGAGGUCUCGGUCAAGAUCUGGGACAACGCCAAGUGCGACAAGGCCAUCCAAAAGACCAGCCAAGGCACCGCUCAGCACAUCACCGACACGAUGGUGUGCGCGGGUGGCAUCCGCGGCCAGGACUCGUGCCAGGGCGACUCGGGUGGUCCGUUCACCGUCGAGGGUGCCAACGGCAACGACACGCUUGUCGGUGUCGUCAGCUGGGGCUACGGGUGCGCCCUCCGAAACACGCCGGGCGUGUACGCGCGCUUGUCCAAGGCCCGGGACUUUAUCUCGCCCUACCUCUCGGCAUAA